AUGAAAUAUGAGAAAAAAAUUUGGAACAACGAUAAGGGGAAAAAAAGAAGUGAGAAUUUUCCGAACGAUGACAGCUACGGAAGGGGGAAGAGCAGGAGGUAUGGCAAACAUGACGAGAGAAGCAGUAACUAUGAAGUGAAAAAUAAAGUGCUAGAUAAGUGGGACCACCGAAAUAGCCAGUACAUGCCACCCCCAUAUAAAAAGGGGGCGAUGAAUCAAAAGGCGAACGUCCCAGGUGGAAUGAAAAAUAAUCAUGCUCGUUAUCACAAGAAGUACGUAAGAAAUGGUGGCGAAAGGGGGUCUAAAUUUAGUGCCUAUGGAAGUGGCGAUCACAACGUGAAUGUCAACUUUGAUGAAGAGGGACGCCUGCCGAAUGUAGACAAUUACGACUACGCGGAUGAUUAUUACAACAGUGAUGCGUACUACGCGGAAGACGGUCGCCAUAGGGGGGAUCAUUACGGGGAUAAUGGCGAUUACCGCGGCGAUCGAGAUGACUAUUACAACGAUCGCGACAAUCAUUACGGCGAUCGAGAUGACCAUUACGACGAUCGCGACGAUCAGCGAGAGCACAGCCGGUACACUGAUAGCUACAGCAGGAACUACAACCAUGGUAGCUACAACCAUGGCAUCUACAACCAAGGCAGCUACAACCAAGGCAGCUACAACCAAGGCAGCUACAACCCCAACAGUAAUGAUGGCAGCAUUCGGCACGCGCGAAAAAACAACCGUGCGUACGAGGACAGCCCGGGCGAUAACUACGCCCACAGUUACGAUGAAAAUUAUGGCGCAAUUGGCGGAGACCAUCAGAGUCAUCGCGGCAGUGGGGACUCCAGAAAGGGCAACAUAAACCAGGAGCUGAGCAACCUACAUAGGAAUUUGCACAAUUUGCUUUUCUCCCCUGCAAAAGCGGACCAUGAGAAACCCCUUAGCGAAAAGAACACCACGUCGCACAACAAGGACUGUAACGAAAGCUUGUUGAACCAAUUGUCCAUUCUACGGAACAUUCCGUUUAAUGUGAAGAAGUCGGACGGGGAAGGUGACGCGGGAGGUGGCACCGAAGGUGGCAGAGAUGAUGGGAUUACUAACGACGAGGUCGAUGCCGAUGUCAGCGACCAACGUAGCCUUGGUGCUCAGCAGAAAAAAAGCAGCCAAAGCAGCAAGACAGCCAUGAUACUGGACGAUUUGAAGAAGUGCCUCUACAGCAGUAGCAAUCAGGAAUCGAAGAAGACGCACCCCGCGGGGGACAACAUGAGCAUCUCACGCCUACCGAACCGCGAUGAAGGGGAGUCUCAAACGGACAGGAGGUACCAUUCAAACAGCUACAUAGACAAUGACGAUAAUCAUUUUAAUGUCAGCAGUGGUAGAGGCUACAAAACUGUUGAGGAGAGUGAGAUCAGAAGACGGAGCAGUAGCAACAGUAGUAGAAUGCAAAACAUUUAUUUGCCCCCACCAGGAAAUGUAGAACAGAAAAAGAUGAAGAAGAAGAAUAAGGAGGAGAAGGAAGAAGUUGAAGAUAGGACCAGUAGGCGAUAUAGAAAGGACUCAAAUUAUUUCAACUCGGAGGAGAUAGACAUCGAAUCGUCCAUAUCAAGCGACCACAGCGUUGUUAUGGAUGUGUAUAAGAACGAAGUAAAGGAAGAGAGUAUGAUAACUUCCUGUGGAAAUAUAUUUCCCAAAAAUCAGAUAGCCGAAUCGUUGAGGGUAUUAAAUACGCUACAGGUAGACAUUGAAAGAGUCUGCUGUUACAUAAAACAUUUUAUAGAUCCCCCGGAACAGCUGUUCCAAGUUAUGACGGAUGUUUUCGUGGACAGGUCAGUUCAAGUAAAUUCCAAAAUUGCCAUCUUCUAUGUGUAUAAUCAUUUAAUACAAGAAUUGAGAAAUAAUUUAAAAAACGAUUUGAUAAAAUAUUAUUCCAUCGCGGAAAGAGGGUUACAAACUUUUGUCGUCCCAGUACUGAGGUGUGUACUACAUGAACAGGUCAACGUAGAAAUGAUUAACAAAUUUUAUCGAUGUAUAGCUAUAUGGAAUGAAAGAAAUGUCUAUAGCAAAAUAGUAUGUGAACAGCUAAAAUUGCUUCAGAAAAAUCCACAAAAAAAAAUUGAUUUUACUGUGAAAAAUGUAGCUAGCCAAGCUCAUAGUUUACUAUCAAAUGAACUGUCCAAAUUUGUGCCCAUAAAUUUUAUUUUAAAAAUGCCAAGUGUGAAUAAUGAACAUAGGAAAGCUUUGGAAGAUAAAACUCUCAGUGCGCUUUUUCAGGAUAUAUCGAAGGAUACCUUGAAGGGGUACGAUGAGGUGGAUGUUGAGAAAGCCUCCAGGAUGUCGGACAAGGUGAUGCGCAUGUAUGGGCAGGAAUUAAUUUUAAUCAACUCUCAAAUCUUGGAGUUAUCCUCUUUGAUUUGUGAUAAUAAUGACCAGUUGGUGAAGCUGCAGAGUGCGCUGGAGAAGCUACGGGAUUGA